CGAGCUGAGCUUGUUCAUGCGUGGUCAACCCAGUUGACCUGUGUUGGGAGUACUUUCGCCCACUACUUUCAUACAUAAGGAACCAAAUGUGGUUGUAGAAUGUGGUGAAAGAGGGGUGAUUCGGGGUGUUACAGUACUUCUCGAACGAAACAUACGGGGGUCUCAAAAACAUAAUGAUUCAUAAAGCAUUUCCAUUUCUUUUAGAAGUACAACUACUGCUUUGAUAUUAUCGCGCAGCACAAGGUGGAGGUGGAAGGCAAGUAUGUAAUGAGUAGAAUGUUAUAAUUGGGAAAAUUCACAUGAAAACUUCACAAUUUGUGAGACUUGCAGCUCCCGUGUUGAUUGAAACUACCUCAAGAAUCACACAUGGAAGAAAACAGUGCACUAUUUUGUGUCUGCUAAUGGCAUCUCCAUCUAGAAUGAAAACAGGAGGAUUUUUAUUCGCAUGCUUAAUCUUCUUCUUCUAAGUCCUGUAGAAGAAGCCACCAACUAGUAGAUGAACGAGAGAACUAAGAUAGACGGUGAAGAGAUGGUGAGAAAUUCUACAUGUAGACCAGAAAUUCUACUACGUAUGAAUGAAUAAAGAUAAAGUUCUUUUCGGAUGAAUCAUGAUUAUGAAAUAGAAAAUGCUACGGGCGCAACAUCCACAUGGGUGUCUAAAUGUUCAGAAAAUACUCGAGCAGAAAAAGUCAUCGGGAGACGCAGAAACUUCACUCUUGUCUAUUCACUUAAAAAGAACAAUAAAGCUAACAAAGGGCACACGUUGCUCUUGCUGUCGACACUUCAACUUUUUCAAUACGCUAACGCUGAAACUGAUAUCAUCUUUUCGUUGUGUAUUUACGUUCCCCUUGAAGAUACUCGCAUACGCGUUUUCUCAAAUUAUAUUUCGAUACAUAUAUUUAUAUAACAAUGUUGGAACUUUUUUUUUCCUGCUCACGAAAAUGAACAAAGAAAUUGGACCCUUGCAUCAUAUACUUAUUCCUUUAUUUGUUGAUGCCUCCGCCAGAGGUAUUCAUCUUUGUAAAAAAC